GGGAAAAAAUUGGGAAUUUGUGGCAAACCCGGUUCCCCUUCCCUUCCCAGGAUGAUCCCGGCCCCCAGCGCCUCCUUCUCGCUGUCGGACCUGGCCCCGGGCCGGGACUACGAGCUGUGCGUGCUCGCCGUGUUCUCGGACGCGCGGAGCUCGCUGCCGGCCACGCGGCCCCUGGGCUGCUCCCGCUUCUCCACCCGGCCGGAAUUCCGGCCCUGCCGCUCCCUCCAGGCUCAGUUUUUGGGGGGCACCAUGAUCAUCGUCAUCGGCGGCAUCAUCGUGGCCUCGGUGUUGGUUUUCAUCUUCAUCCUGUUGAUGAAGUACAAGAUCCACAACAACCACCCCAAGGCCAAGGGCAAGUCCAACGUUUGCUCCCAGACCAACGGGUCCCAGAGCGGCUCCAUGGGCAGGUCCAGCUCCAAGCUGGGGGAGAGUUGGCAGCACCUGGAAAAUUCCGGAGGCGUCGGCAAAGGGAGGGCGGGGGGCGAGUGGGAAGGGGAGAAAGGGGAAGGGGCCGAGGUGGGGUCGUGA